UCCCUCCCCUGCGACCCCCCCCUUCCCGGUCCGCGUCCCCGGACUCUCCACCUGGCCCGCAGCAUCUCCGGCCCGGGUUUUGCAGGGCUCGGCCCGGCUUGGAGGCUUUGCGCGGCCGGGGUUGGGGAGGGGGCGCAAGAAGCCCAUCUCCGGAGCUGCUGCUGCUGGCCCCUGGGGAGCCGGGAGAGGGCGACCCUGCGCCCGGGAGCCGCCUUGCCAGAUUCUCUUUGGAGAAUUGUGACCCUAGGAAAAUAACGCAAUGACCGAAAUUCACAUUGACAGUUCCUGCCUGCCCCGAGUCCAGGAAGUGUGCCGAGAUUUCGCCGUCCUGGAAGACAGUGCGUUGGCCUACUGUCUGCAAGAACAAGAGAUCGAGCUGCAUUAUGCGUCCAACAUCCAGAAGAACCAGCUGGUCCAGAAUGACCUCCGAAUGGCCAAGAGGCUUCAAGACCAAGAGGUGGAAGCCCAGAAGCUUCAGGACAGCAGGCAACUGAAAGACAGCCAAGAGGGAGAUCCCGAAAAUUCCCGGGCCGUCCAGAAAGAUCUUCAAAGGAAAUCGGGAAAAGAUGAUCCAAAGAAGAAGGCGGAAGAUCAGGAGAAAGUCAAGCGGUUCCACAACCGGGAGAAGGACGAGAGUGGUCAGCCAAAGCCGAGACCUUCCCGUGGGACAAGAGAUGGUACCCCUGAACCCCUGCACUGGGAGAUGGCCAGACUGGAACUCCAGAUCCAGCAGCAGUUCCAGGAAGAUGAGGAACUGGCCCAGAAGCUGCAGGAGGAGGAAGAGCAGGAGCAGACGCGCAUCAGAGCCAGGAGGAACCGGGAGCAAGAUGAUGACUACAGGGCAGCUCAAGUAGCCCAGGAUGAGGAAAUUGCACGCUAUCUGCAAGACAAGGAACUGCAGACCCACUGGGGCUCCCCGCGCCAGGAAAGGCAGCAGGCCCAGCCCCCCAGGCGUCCCGCAGGACAUGGCGACUGCAGCCCAGAGAAGGACUCGUGGCAGAAUGGCAGGAGUCCCCCCCGGCUGAGGAUCCAGACCCAGGAAAGCCCAGAUGUGAUGGUGACAGUGGCCUCCAUCGAGAAGAAGCCACAGUUUUGCCGAAAUAUUGCUGAAGUUCUGGAUCCAACUUUUCAAGCCGCUAAAAUGGGAACGCCUUCCGAUGGGACGGAUCUGGGCUCAAAAGCCCCCAGCCCAGCACCCCUGGCCCAGACGGACACGCCCUUCAACUACCCGCAGGGGGUGGCAGCCCCCGUCUUUGUCUCCCCCACCAAACGACAGCCAGACAAGGUGGGCUGCCCGAAAUCCGGCAACAAGAAGGAAGGCUGCCGACAGCAGUGAAGCUCCCGUCUCCUCCAUCCUCUCUCUCUCUGGCGGUCCUGCCCAGCUCCGGGAUGGUUCCUUUUUCCCCCCUGGGGGGGGAGAAUCCCAAAGCUUCCCCCCCCCUUUUCCGGAUUUACAUCUAAGCUUUCAACAGGGCUGGGCCGCGUUUCAAUCUCCUUCCUCUUAUUCCAAGUCCUCACCUUAAUCCCGGGUGAAAUCCAGCAGGCGAGCCAUAAAAAAAGGCUUCAGUUAAAAUAAUAAUAAUAAUAAUUCCAAUAUCUGAAUCUCCAAUAGAAAAAUGGACUUUCCAGAGAGGGAGGUUAUUAUCUUGGUCGCCCAAAUAAACCCACGUUUGGGAUUCGCAUCCAUA